UUGAACUUACUGUUUACACUACAGGUUGACUGUUGCUACGAGUAAUGGCGAAGAUGCAAAGGCGGCAAAGAGGAAGAAGAUGCAUAAUACGAGGUUUCUUUCAUGGUUUCAUUGUAAUUCAUCACCAUUUGUAACAGAGCUUGGUGCCAUUUUACUUAUCUUUAAUGACAGAUGCCGCCUUAAUCACUUUAAAGUAAAAAUCGGAACUGGGAAAGUUAAAUCCGAGCUGCUAUUUAUGCAUAUGGCCUAGUAAAUCCGCAGGACAAUAACUUCUGGGAAUUGCAUUAUAGCAAGGAAAAGUGGAUUUCCAUAUAAUUAUAUUAACUUAUUGACUUCGAUGUGGAAGAGGAGUUGAAACGCAGGUGUACAGGAGGCAGGAUUGAGAAAUAAACGAAUAAUAACUAAGGUAGGGAAAUGGCUGAGUCGCCCUCUAACAACGGUAUCGAAAAUGGUUCAGGGAGCAGACCUUCAUCAAAAUUUCGGAGCCGUAGGAGUCAAGCAGAGCAGAACUUGAAAAAAGCAUCAAGAUUAGCAACUUCGCUUGCUCCUGGCGAAACAAUCAAAGACAAACAGCAAAGAGCCAAAGAAGAAAGAGAGGCAAAAAAGGCAGCCCUAGAUGGGAGGCAUGAGUAUCUAUUAGCAACAGUUUCUACUGCAUUGGGACUUGACUUCAAUGAUGUUGUUGACAACAUACUUGAAGGGAACCAGAUUGACCAAAUGGAUGAAUUUUUGAAUCCAGAUGGAAGAGUUCAGUUGAUGUUUUUCUAUCAGGACGUUGAUAUUUAUCAAUCGCAAUCUAAAAGCCCAAGAGUUGGAACAGCAAAUGCAGCAAGACAACCUGCAAGGGUUUUGAAGCCAAAACUGUUCAUCACUGAUGGAAGCAAUGACAGCCUCACUGGGAAAUGCUUAUACUUCAUAAAGGCAUCUAAAGAAAAAGCCAUCACAACAACUAACGUCAACACAGAUGUUAAUUUUGGUGUGAUUGAUGCAAAGCAAAAUGGAAUUCUGUUGGGGAUCAGAUCUGUGUUAUCUGAUCUAUACAUUCCAGCAGUAUCAACAUCAUCUAAUUGGGGAGACCUUUCAGGCAGAGAGUGCUUGCCAUCACGAACUAAAUUUCUUAAUUCCUUGGAAAACUUCGUUGAGAUUCUUACUGGCGCCCAGGACAGUUUAGAAGAUGGAGUGACUUUGGAGGAAUGUCAUACAGUUGACCUCUCAAAAUUUUAUUCACCAUCUACGUAUGUUAUUGCAAAAAAUUCAAGCGAAAUGCUAGAGGCCAUUGAGAAUCAAGCUUUGAUAUGGAUUAAACAGAUUGAGCAGGUAUUAGCCGAAAGUGAGCAAAUGCGUCGUGAAGCAGACAACGUUGGUCCAAAGGCUGAACUGGAACAUUGGAAAAAGCGAAUGGCAAAGUUCAAUUCACUGCUGGAUCAAAUUAAGUCAGCUGAUUGUAAAACUGUCACAGGCAUCUUGAUUGCCGCCAAAUCUAAAAUCGUUAAGUCGUGGCGUGAGCUGGAUAAGAAGAUCACAGAUUUUGCUAAUGAGGCUAAAGACAACGUUAAAUUCUUGUACACGUUAGAAAAGUUCUGUGAGCCGUUAUACAAUAGUGAUCCAGUAUCAAUGCUAGAUGCGAUACCUGGACUGUUAAAUGCUAUAAGAAUGAUACAUAGCUAUUCAAGAUACUACAACACCUCGGAAAGAAUGACCGCCAUUUUUGUCAAGGUCACUAACCAGAUGAUAACUGCAUGCAAGAGUUACAUCACGGAACACAAUGCAAAAACCAUCUGGGACAUGGAUCAGCAUCUAGUCAUUAGCAGAGGCAAAGACUGUCUAAAGCUCAAUGAUGAGUAUCAGAAGUCAUUCCAAAAGACCAAGAAGAAAAUUGAAGAGCAUCCCGAAGAAAAACAGUUUGAAUUCAGCGAGACGUACAUCUUCGGAAAGAUAAACACUUUCACGCGACGGCUCGAGAAGAUAAUCGAUAUAUUUUCGGUUUUAAAUAGCUUCCAAAGACUUGGCCUGUCAAAAAUUGAAGGAAUCGACAUGCUGAACGCAAAGUUUCAGCUGAUAACAACAACAAUGAAGAAAAAACCAUACGAUAUGCUUGAUUACAGAAAAAUGGAAUUUGAUACAGAUUAUGAAGAUUUCAAGAGACAGAUCAGUGAUUUAGAGAACCAGUUGACAGCUUUUAUGGAUACCACUUUUAAAAAGAUUACAAAUAUGCCAACAGCUCUCAGAAUGAUCUCAAGAUUUGAAUGGCUACAACUAGAAAGUCUAAAAGGGCCAAUUCAAGAGCAGUAUACGAAGCUGCUAUUACAGUUUGGUAAAGACAUAGACCAGACGACUAAGGUAUAUCAAAAGCAUAAGAAUGAACCUCCAAUUGGUAGAGAUCUACCACCAAUUGCAGGUAAAAUAGCGUGGGUACGACAGUUAUACAGGCGCAUUCAAGAUCCAAUGGAGUAUUUCAAAAGUCAUCCAACUAUAUUAAAAGACCCUGAUGCCAAGAAGGUCAUCAAGAACUACAACAAAGCAUCAAGAGUUCUUGUUGAAUUUGAGUGUUUGUAUUACCAAGCGUGGAGUAAACAGGUGGAAGUGGCUGUUACAGGACUCCAUGCUUCAUUACUUGUUCGGCAUCCAGAUGACAAACACAAGCUUUUUGUCAACUUUGAUCCAGACAUUCUGGUGCUGAUGAGGGAAACUGAGUGCAUAUCAAGAAUGGGUCUCAACGUCCCCUACAUGGCUCUACCUUUGAAACAGAAGCAAAGUGUUUUUAAAAGGAAUUAUGACAGGCUGGCAAUGAUGCUGGAAGAGCGAAAUCGCGUCCUAGCUAAGAUUCCAUCCACGUUUCGCCCUCUCUUUGGCCCACACCUGACCAAACUUGAGGCUGCAGUGGAGCCUGGACUGACGAUGUUAACUUGGACAUCAAUGAAUAUCGCAACUUACAUUGAAACUGUAUACGAGGCUCUGAGGGAAGUUGAACUGCUGAUUGACAGGGCAAAUGACUUAGUCAAGUAUCGAAUUGAGAAUAUUCUCAUUGAAAUGUCAAACGUGCAGCUAUGUGAACUGCCUAAUGACACGCCGUGGACAAUAGAAGAGUUUAUUAAACGCACAGAGGUAUUGUGCAAGAGAGGUGCCGAGAUUCUAAACAACAAAAGUAUGCUAGUGCAAGAUGCGGCAAAUGAACUGAUCGAGAUGUUGCUUGACGUCGGGGAGGAUUCUUUGGCUGUAAAAGACGAAGAAGAUGAAACAUUUAAUGACACUGAAACACCACGGCCCUCCAGCCGAAGCAGUCGAACAAGUAGGCUAGGGAGUGCUGUGAUCAGUCCUACAGCCGCGGCUGCUAAACGCAAGAAUGACAUCAAAGAUUACUUGGAAGAACAUGCUUUGGAAUUACUGAGCUUUUUUAACGCACGGAAUUUAGAAGCUAUCAUACGGGUUACGCGGAAUACAUUAGAUGCGAUGAAACGGCGAGUCACCUUGACGAGUGGCGUGAGUUACAUUGAAAGUGCUAUUGGGUUGAAGGAAGAGGUGCUUCACAACGCUGCAGCUUUUCGCUCCGAUGUCGUAUUGGCGAUUCCAAGUAUAGUAAUGCAGCCGGCACUCGAUGACAUACAGCAGGCGAUCAACAAGGCAGCGGCCAUGGUCGUUUAUGUCUCCAAAGGCAUUGGGCAAUGGGAUGAAGUGUGCAGGGCAUUGACAAAAGACAAAGAGGUCAAAAAGGAAAGCCAAUUGUUCUUAAAGCCAAAGGACCUUGAUAUUGAAACACAAUCGCAGAGAAGCCGCGGUGGAAGCUUCAAUUCAGCGCACGAUGAUGGCGCUUCAGAUCAAGGAGGGCCGUCGCGCGGCAAGAUCCGAGACGCGUCAGUGAUGUUGCUCCCUCCUCCGACGACUACAGCCCAGAAGAAGAGUUACUUCAAAAAUGUUGCAGAAAACAAGGAGGUUGCAAAGUUGCUGUCUCUAAUACAAACUAUAAUAAAUUCGCAGAAAAAAGCUGUCACUACGGCGCUUGAGCAGAGCAGCCAUCCUGAACAUUGUUCGAUACUGUUUUCAUGGAUUUGCCAAUUGAUCAUCAUUUUUGAAUCGUCAUCUUGCCUAUUUGGAAAGACGAUCGAUGAUUUAGAGAAAAAUGAAAAAGAAUUCAUUGAUGAGAAUCCGAACCUUGGUGAAUUUGAAUCUCAAAUCUUGUCGCUAAAAGAAACUGAAGAGAUUGUUCAGCUAGAGCCAGAAACCUACAACGUUGGGGCCAUAGCUUUGUUUACAACACGUAUGAAACUGGCACUAUGUACAGAAAUUCGUUCUUGGGUUCACUUGUUUGGGCGCAAUGCGAACACAAAGUAUAGGACGCAAAUGGAAGAAACCUUCGCUUUCACUGACGAUCUCAACAAAAAAAUUAGGCCCAUCAAGGACUUGGAUGACAUUCGACUGGCAAUGAAUGCUUUGAAAGAAAUCAGAGAAAACGAGAUUCAAAUUGACAUGAAUAUUUCACCGAUUGAAGAAUGCUAUGCAAUGAUGAAUAAAUAUGAGCUCGUUUUGCAAAAGGAAGAAAUGGAACGUGUCGAUACGCUUCGAUACACGUGGCAAAAAUUGCUCGCGUUGGCUGUAAGUGACUCUGCACAUCUGGUUGAAAUACAGCCUGGCUUAUUGAUGAAAGUUGAACAGUUUGUCGUCGACAUAAAAAUCUUUGCCAAGGAAUACGAAGAGGCUGGUCCAAUGGUACCCAAUGUUCCACCGCGAGAGGCUAGUGACAGAUUGAUAAUCUAUCAGAAUCGCUUUGAUAACUUGUACCGCAAAUUCGUCACAUACACUGCUGGGGAAGAGCUUUUUGGCUUACCGGCAACAGAAUUCCCAGAAAUCCACAAGAUAAGAAAGGAGCUGAACUUGCUACAGAAGCUCUACGGGUUGUAUAAUGACGUCAUUGAGAAAGUGAAUGGCUACUAUGAUAUUCCUUGGGUUGAGGUGGAUAUUGAGAAAAUCAACCAAGAGCUGCAGGAAUUCCAGAACAGAUGUCGAAAAUUACCGAAAGCUUUAAAGGACUGGCAAGCAUUUAAGGAUCUAAAGAAAACAAUUGACGAUUUCAACGAGAGUUGCCCAUUGCUUGAGCUCAUGGCAAACAAAGCGAUGAAGUUGCGUCACUGGACGAGAAUCGGAGACCUGACGUCACAUGUCUUCGACGUUGAGUCUGACACAUUCUUGUUGAGAAAUAUAAUGGAAGCGCCACUUUUGAAACAUAAAGAAGACAUUGAGGAUGUUUGCAUUGCCGCAACAAAGGAAAAGGACAUCGAGGCUAAGUUAAAGACUGUUACCAACGAAUGGAAUACCCACGAUUUGGCGUUUGCAAAUUUCAAAAACAGGGGAGAGCUGUUGCUACGUGGAGACAGUACAUCUGAGAACAUUUCCUUGUUGGAAGACAGUCUAAUGAUCUUGGGUUCACUUAUGAGUAACAGGUAUAACGCACCGUUUAAGAAAACCAUUCAAACAUGGGUAUCGAAGCUAUCAAACACGACUGAUAUUCUUGAAAACUGGAUGACAGUUCAAAAUCUUUGGAUAUAUCUUGAAGCCGUUUUCGUUGGCGGAGACAUUGCUAAACAGCUCCCGAAGGAAGCGAAGAGGUUCUCAAAUAUCGACAAAUCAUGGGUAAAGAUCAUGACCCGAGCCCACGAAACUACAAAUGUUGUUGCUUGCUGUACCGGCGAUGAAACUCUGUUUCAACUGUUACCCCACCUUUUAGAGCAACUGGAACUUUGCCAAAAGUCUCUCAGCGGAUACUUGGAGAAAAAGCGGUUGGUUUUCCCACGAUUUUUCUUUGUUUCGGAUCCUGCAUUGUUAGAAAUUCUUGGCCAGGCCAGUGACUCGCAUACAAUACAGAAUCAUUUGCUGAACGUCUUUGACAAUAUCAAGAAUGUGAAGUUUCAUGAAAAGGAAUAUGAUAAAAUCCUAGCUAUCAUCUCACAAGAGGGAGAGACUAUUGAGCUUGACAAGCCAGUACUAGCUCAGGGGAAUGUGGAGGUAUGGCUUGGGACUCUGCAGUCUGUAUCACAGAGAUCUCUUCAUGGUAUCAUUCGACAAGCAUAUGUUGCUAUUAACGAUGAAAACUUCAAGCUAAUGGAAUUUCUGAACACCUUUCCAGCACAGGUUGGUCUUCUUGGCAUUCAAAUGCUUUGGACCAGAGAUGCCACGUCAGCAUUGCAAAAUGCAAAAUAUGACAAAAAGGUCAUGCAAGAAACAAAUCAAGAGUUUCUCCUUCUGUUAAAUGAGUUGAUUGUGCAAACGACGAAAGAUUUGACAAAAAUGGAGAGGACCAAGUUCGAGACUUUGAUCACAAUUCAUGUACAUCAAAGAGAUAUUUUUGAUGACCUGGUAAAAAAUCACAUCAGAAACCCAUCAGACUUUGAGUGGCUGAAGCAAAUCAGAUUCUACUUCAUUGAAGAUGCAGACAGAUGCCUGGUUUCGAUAACAGAUGUUGACUUUAUUUAUCAAAACGAAUUCCUUGGUUGCACUGAGCGUCUGGUAAUUACUCCGUUGACUGAUCGAUGUUACAUCACUCUUGCCCAGGCUCUUCAUAUGUCAAUGGGAGGAGCCCCCGCAGGACCUGCUGGAACCGGAAAGACAGAGACAACCAAAGAUAUGGGUAAAGCACUUGGCAAAUACGUUGUGGUUUUCAACUGCUCUGACCAACUGGAUUAUCGUGGUCUUGGUAGAAUUUUUAAAGGACUUGCACAGUCUGGCAGCUGGGGCUGUUUUGAUGAAUUCAAUCGUAUUGAUCUGCCAGUAUUGUCAGUAGCAGCCCAGCAAAUUUAUGUCGUCCUAAGUUGCAAAAAAGAAAGGAAAAAGCAGUUCGUCUUCACAGAUGGCGAUAUGGUCAGCAUGAACCCCGAGUUUGGACUUUUCCUCACUAUGAACCCAGGCUACGCUGGUCGUCAAGAACUGCCAGAAAAUUUGAAAAUUCAAUUCCGUUCAGUUGCCAUGAUGGUACCAGACAGGCAAAUUAUCAUCAGAGUAAAACUUGCUAGUUGUGGCUUUGUGGACAAUAUCAAUUUGGCUAGGAAGUUUUACACAUUGUACAAACUCUGCGAAGAGCAACUUUCGAAACAGGUUCAUUAUGAUUUCGGUUUGCGGAAUAUUCUCUCCGUAUUGCGUACACUUGGCCAGGCUAAAAGAGACAAUCCUGGAGACAGUGAGAGUAAGAUUGUCAUGAGAGUUCUUCGAGACAUGAAUCUUUCAAAACUGGUUGAUGAAGACGAACCACUUUUCCUGAGUUUGAUCAAUGAUCUUUUCCCUGGUAUAACUUUGAGCAAAGCUGGUUAUCCUGAGCUAGAAGGGGCAAUUCAGAGACAAGCCGAAGAAGCUGGGUUGAUUUACCACCCGCCGUGGGCUCUAAAACUCAUUCAGUUGUUUGAGACUCAGCGUGUUCGUCAUGGUAUGAUGGCCCUGGGUCCAAGUGGUGCUGGCAAGACAGAAUGUAUCCAUACUCUAAUGAAGGCCAUGACCGAAUGUGGAACACCUCAUAAGGAGUUUAGAAUGAAUCCAAAAGCCAUCACAGCGCCUCAGAUGUUUGGCCGACUAGAUGUUGCAACCAAUGAUUGGACAGAUGGAAUCUUCUCGACACUCUGGAGAAAGACAUUGCGUGCAAAGAAAGGAGAAAAGAUUUGGAUUGUACUUGAUGGGCCAGUUGACGCCAUCUGGAUUGAAAACUUGAACUCUGUGUUGGAUGAUAACAAGACUCUCACUCUUGCUAAUGGUGAUCGUAUACCAAUGUCACCUUACUGUAAAGUUGUCUUUGAACCACACAACAUCGAUAACGCUUCCCCGGCUACUGUGUCAAGAAAUGGAAUGGUCUACAUGAGCUCAUCUGCCCUUGACUGGAGACCGAUUCUGCAAGCAUGGCUAAAAUCACGCCAUGCAAGGGAAGCUGAAACGCUAAGGACAUUCUAUGACAAUUCGUUUCAAGAGAUUUACACGUAUGCAAAAGAGAGCUUGAUUGCGAAAAUGGAUCUCCUUGAAUGCAAUUACAUUACUCAGUCUAUAAACCUGUUGCAAGGUCUCCUUCCAAAGCCAGACGAAGGAAUUCAGUUGAAAGAUAUGCAUUUGCAACGCUUGUAUGUGUUUGCAGUUAUGUGGAGUAUUGGAGCAAUUCUGGAGCUUGACGACAGACUUAAAUUAGAAAUCUUCAUGCGAGAAAAUUGUAGUGUAGACUUACCAGUCAUUGCAGAAGAUUCUGGGAACACAAUAUUUGAAUUUUUUGUAUCAGAUGCAGGUGACUGGGAGCAUUGGACCACUCGAGUUGAAGAGUACCACUACCCAAAGGACCAUACCCCAGACUACCUGUCCAUUCUGGUUCCAAAUGUGGACAAUGUUAGAACUGAUUUUCUUAUUGACACAAUCUCAAAGCAAGGAAAAGCUGCUCUGUUGAUUGGAGAACAAGGAACUGCUAAGACAAUCAUGCUCAAGAGUUUCAUGAACAAAUAUGACCCAGAGAAGCACCUGAGCAAAAGCUUCAACUUCUCAUCUGCCUCAACUCCACUCAUGUUUCAGCGAACAAUUGAAAGUUAUGUUGACAAACGAGUUGGAAACACAUUUGGCCCGCCAGCCGGGAAGAGAAUGACUGUUUUUAUUGAUGACGUCAACAUGCCAAUCAUAAAUGAAUGGGGAGAUCAGGUGACAAAUGAAAUUGUGAGACAGUUAAUGGAAAUGGGCGGAUUUUACAACUUAGAAAAGCCUGGUGAUUUCACAAACAUCGUUGAUAUACAAUUUCUAGCUGCAAUGAUCCACCCUGGAGGUGGUCGAAAUGACAUUCCAGAAAGAUUGAAGCGACGGUUCAGCAUAUUCAACUGUACCCUUCCCAGUAACGCGUCCAUUGACAAAAUAUUUGGUGUAAUUUGUGCAGGCCAUUUUUGUGCUGAACGAGGUUUUGAAGCCAGUGUAAGAGAACUUGCUAUAAAGCUAGUUUCUUGCACUAGAAGACUUUGGCAGCUAACUAAGGUUAAAAUGCUUCCGACCCCGGCAAAGUUCCAUUAUGUAUUCAACCUUCGUGAUCUCUCACGCAUAUGGCAAGGAAUGCUGAACUCACAAGGUGACGUCAUCACUAGUGAAUCGAUUUUACUGUCGCUGUGGAAUCACGAGACAACUAGAGUAAUUGCAGACAGAUUCACAGAGCAGCAAGAUAAGGACUGGUUCAGCAAAACAAUGCUACGUGUUGCUGAAGAAGAGCUUGGUGAAGAUAGCGUAGAUGCGCUGAAAGACGUUGCAUACUUUGUCGAUUUUCUACGCGAUCCAGAUGAACCAACCGGAGAGGAGCCAGAUGACGCAGAACUGGAAACACCAAAAGUUUAUGAAGCAAUACCAAGCUGGGCUGACUUGCGAGAUCGGCUUAAUAUGUUUAUGGAACAAUACAAUGAAUCCAUACGAGGUGCUAGAAUGGACCUGGUUUUCUUCAAGGAUGCCAUGAUCAAUUUAAUCAAGAUUUCUCGAAUCAUUCGAACCCCACGUGGCAAUGCAUUGCUUGUUGGUGUUGGUGGGUCAGGAAAACAAAGCUUAACGAAACUGGCCUCGUUUAUUGCUGGUUACAAAACGUUUCAGAUAACUCUGACAAGGUCAUAUAAUGCUUCAAAUCUGAUGGAAGAUCUGAAAUAUUUGUACCGAGUUGCUGGACAACAAGGACAAGGAAUCACCUUCAUCUUUACAGAUCAAGAUAUCAAAGACGAAGGAUUUUUGGAGUAUCUAAACAACCUGCUUUCAUCUGGAGAGAUUUCAAACCUCUUUGCGAGAGAUGAAGUUGAUGAGAUUUGCGGUGAACUCAUUCCAAUAAUGAAGAAACAAUACCCAAGAAGGCCUCCUACUCAAGAAAACCUGUACAAUUAUUUCCUGACGAGGGCCCGACAUAAUCUUCACGUGGCUCUUUGCUUUUCGCCAGUUGGAGAAAAGUUCCGAAGCAGAGCUUUGAAAUUCCCCGGUCUUAUUAGUGGCUGCACUAUCAAUUGGCUACAAAGAUGGCCUAAGGAUGCUUUGAUUGCCGUAGCCAAUCAUUUCUUUUCAAAUUUCCCAAUUGUUUGUGAAAAAGAGGUUAAAGCACAGCUUAUCGGUUCUAUGGGAUCUAUUCAUGAUGGAGUUGCAAAAUACUGCAAAGAAUAUUUUGAACGGUAUCGCCGUGCUACACAUGUGACACCAAAAUCUUAUCUGUCGUUUAUAAAUGGGUACAAGGCAAUUUACUCAAUGAAAAAGGAGGAAAUUGGAAAUUUAGCAAAGAGAAUGAAUACAGGAUUGACGAAACUGAUGGAAGCCAGCGAGUCAGUGGCAGAGUUAUCACGUGAAUUGGCAGUUAAAGAGAAAGAGCUCGCAGUGGCCUCUGAGAAAGCUGAAAAGGUUCUUAAGGAGGUCACAGUAAAGGCCCAAGCUGCAGAAAAAGUGAAAUCUCAAGUGCAGGGAGUCAAAGAUAAAGCACAAGCCAUUGUGGAUGUUAUCAAUGCGGAUAAAGAAGUUGCAUUUAUAAAACUUGAAGCUGCAAGACCAGAGCUUGAAAAAGCAGAAGCUGCUCUGCAGACAAUUAAGCCUGCAGACAUUGCUACUGUUCGACGUUUGGGAAAACCACCCCAUUUGAUCAUGAGAAUCAUGGAUUGUGUGUUGAUUUUGUUUCAAAAGAAGCUGAAUUCUGUGCAGCAUGACACUGAAAGAAAUUGUGUUAAACCAUGUUGGGGUGAGGCAUUCAAGAUGAUGAGUCAAACCGGAUUUCUUCAAGCACUUGAGCAGUUUCCAAAAGAUACUAUUAAUGAUGAGAUUUGUGAAUUGAUGCUGCCUUAUUUCGAAGCUGAAGAUUACAGCCAAGAGAGCGCCAAACGCGUAUGUGGGAACGUUGCUGGCCUCUGUGACUGGACUAUCGCCAUGUCAAACUUCUUUACUGUUAAUAAAGACGUUUUACCACUCAAAGCAAAUCUAACAAUUCAGGAAGCGAAACUAGAACUAGCCAACAAAGAUCUUGACAAAGCACAGGCACAGCUCAACGAAAAGGAGGCUGAAUUGCAGGAGGUCCAAAUGUUGUAUGACAGUGCUGUCAAAGAGAAGCAGGACCUUUUGGAUGAUGCAGAAACAUGCAGGCGAAAAAUGGUGGCCGCCUCGGCACUUAUCAGCGGACUGUCCGGUGAAAAAGAGAGAUGGACUCAGCAAAGCAAGGAGUUUGAAGCCCAGAUUGGCAGGCUUGUUGGCGAUGUUUUGCUGUGCACUGGUUUUCUAUCGUAUUCUGGUCCCUUUAACCAAGAAUUCCGAUCAAAUUUGUUCAAAAACUGGCAAAGAGAAAUGAGACAAAGACAAAUUCCGUUCACUCAAGAACUAAGUGUUACGUCAGAAUUGGUUGAUUCUGCUACUAUCACAGAGUGGAAUCUUCAAGGUCUUCCAAACGACGAGCUUUCACUUCAAAAUGGAAUCAUUGUCAGCAAAGCAUCGCGUUAUCCGCUUCUCAUUGAUCCCCAAGGACAGGGUAAGAUAUGGGUCAAAAACAAAGAGCACACCAGCGGAUUACAGUUGACUUCCUUGAACCACAAGUAUUUCCGCAACCACAUAGAAGAUAGUUUAUCUCUUGGACGACCAUUGAUGAUUGAAGAUGUAGGCGAAGACCUUGAUCCGGCUUUGGAUAACAUCCUGGAAAAGAACUUCAUCAAGAUUGGAUCUACCCUAAAGGUUAAAGUUGGCGAUAAAGAAAUAGAUGUAAUGGAUGGAUUCAAGUUAUAUAUAACAACGAAGUUACCUAACCCAGCAUACACUCCCGAGAUCAGUGCAAGAACCUCGAUAAUUGAUUUCACUGUCACGAUGAAAGGAUUGGAAGAUCAGUUGCUAGGAAGAGUAAUUCUGAAAGAGAAAAGUGAAUUGGAAGCAGAAAAAACGAAAUUACAAGAAGACGUAUCGGCAAACAAGCGGAAGAUGAAAGAACUUGAAGACAAUCUUUUAUAUCGCUUAACGAGCACCGAGGGUUCUCUUGUAGACGAUGAAACGUUGAUUGACGUAUUGAGCAACACCAAAGCAACUGCUGAAGAAGUAGGACAGAAGCUGAACACUGCAGCUGAUACAGAAAUCAAGAUCAACAAUGCCAGAGAAGAGUACAGGCCAGUUGCAACUAGAGGCAGCAUCCUUUACUUUCUUAUUGUCGAAAUGUCAUACGUCAACUGCAUGUACCAGACGUCGCUUAAGCAGUUUCUUGGAUUGUUUGAUUUGUCAAUGGAAAGGUCUCAACCUUCACCUAUAACUGGAAAGCGAAUACACAAUAUCAUUGAAUAUUUAACGUACGAAAUCUUCAGAUACUCUUGCCGUGGCCUGUACGAAGAUGACAAAUUCCUCUUUACUCUGCUUUUGGCCUUGAAGAUUGACCUUCAAAACAGAAAGAUCAAACACGAAGAGUUCAUGACAUUGAUCAAAGGUGGUGCAUCUCUUGAUCUGAAGCAAGUUCAGCCAAAGCCAUCGAAAUGGAUUUUAGACAUGACGUGGCUUAACCUCGUUGAACUUAGCAAGCUGCCUCAGUUUUCUGAUAUAAUUAACCAGAUAUCUCGAAAUGAAAAACAAUGGAAGCAAUGGUUUGACAAAGAGGCUCCUGAAGAAGCUGAAAUACCGGAUGGUUAUAGCCAAUCUUUAGACACCUUUAGGAAGUUGCUGCUAAUCAGAUCAUGGUGCCCAGAUAGAACGCUAUCUCAAGCACGAAAAUACGUUGAAGAGUCGAUUGGACGGAAGUAUGCCGAGGGUGUUAUCCUGGACCUACAGAAAACUUGGGAGGAGAGCGAUAUACGGACACCAAUGAUAUGCUUUUUGUCUAUGGGAUCUGAUCCAACAAAUAACAUAGAAUCAUUGGCUAAAAGACUCAAAUUAGAAUGUCGAGCUGUGUCAAUGGGCCAAGGUCAGGAGGUUCAUGCCAGAAGACUUUUGAACCAGUUCAUGCAAGCUGGCGGCUGGGUUCUUCUGCAAAACUGCCAUCUUGGAUUGCCGUUUAUGGAUGAACUGAUGGACCUUGUCACCGAGACAGAAACUGUCAAUGAAGACUUCAGGCUGUGGGUUACCACCGAGGUUCAUCCCCAGUUCCCCAUCAACUUGUUGCAAAUGUCAAUCAAAUUUACAAACGAGCCUCCGCAGGGUCUUAAAGCAGGGCUAAAAAGAACUUAUGCAGGGCUUUCGCAAGAUCAACUGGACGUCACAAAUCUACCCCAAUGGAAACCGAUGCUAUACGCUGUUGCAAUAUUACACACCACAGUGCAAGAACGACGAAAAUACGGACCACUUGGCUGGAAUAUUCCCUAUGAAUUUAACCAAGCGGACUUUACUUCGAGUGUUCAGUUUGUUCAGAACCACUUGGAUGACAUGGAUAUUAAGAAAGGUGUAUCAUGGAAUACAGUGCGAUACAUGCUGGGUGAAGUACAAUAUGGCGGAAGAGUGACUGAUGAUUAUGACAAAAGGCUGCUUAAUACUUUCACAAAGGUUUGGUUUAGAGACGAAAUGUUUCAGCAAAACUUCAACUUUUACAAAGGCUACAAUAUCCCAAAAUGCAACUCCAUUCAGCAAUACCUCGAUUUCAUUGAUGGCCUCCCUUCAGUGGACACACCAGAAGUUUUUGGGCUCCAUCCUAAUGCGGAUAUAACUUACCAGAGCAACGUUGCAAAGAACUGCCUCAAUACCAUUCUCAGCAUUCAGCCCAAAGAUAGCUCCUCUGGUGGAGGUGAAACACGAGAGAGUUUGGUUCACCGAUUAGCAGAUGAUAUGUUAGAUAAGCUUCCUGAAAAUUAUAUCAGUCAUGAGGUUCGAGCACGCAUCCAAAAGAUGGGAGCCUACGCACCAAUGAACAUCUUCCUUAAGCAAGAGAUCGAUCGAAUGCAGCGUGUGAUCUCGACUGUACGGCAGACCCUUACUGAUCUGAAGCUGGCUAUCGACGGCACGAUUAUAAUGAAUGAGAUCCUACGAGAUGCCUUGGACUGCAUGUUUGAUGCCCGUAUACCCGCUUCCUGGAAAAAGAUAUCAUGGGAGUCAUCCACACUUGGUUUCUGGUACACCGAAUUACUCGAAAGAAACGCCCAGUUCCGAACUUGGUGCUUCGAAGGCCGUCCGAAUACCUUUUGGAUGACAGGGUUUUUCAAUCCCCAAGGAUUCCUAACCGCUAUGAGACAGGAGGUUACACGUUCGCACAAAGGGACAUCGAAAGAUGGCUCCAAAGCCUGGUCACUUGACACUGUCGUACUCCAAAAUGAUGUACUCAAAAUAACAAAGGAUGACGUACAGUCACCGCCGUCCGAGGGCGUCUAUGUGUACGGGCUGUUUCUGGACGGCGCUGGCUGGGAUAGGCGUGGUUGCAAACUUGUCGAGCCACCAUCAAAGGUGCUCUUUACGCCAAUGCCCGUCAUUCAUAUAUACGCCACAAACAACGUCGCCGCUAAAGACACGAAAGCUGCCUUGUAUUCUUGUCCUAUCUAUAAAAAGCCAGUCAGAACAGACCUGACGUACAUCGCACCGGUCGAUUUGAGAACCACGCAGAACCCGGACUACUGGAUUUUGAGAGGCGUGGCAUUGCUGUGUGAUAUCAAGUAGACACUAAAUAACAAAUAAAAGAGAGACAGUUUAUUUACUAAAUUAUUUUGCAGUAGUUUUUAUUACUUAAAGAAGGGAACGAUUGCGCAAAUGAUUCAAGAAAAGUAAUUAAUAUCAUGGAUCUUUUUAUAUGUAAAUAAGAAAAGUUUUAUUUUAUACUUGAUAACUUAGAGGCUGGCUUACUACAAUCCCGGACAAAAAUGGUUGAGACUUUUCAACAAAAGGUUAUAUUUUUACUUUCCUUUAAAAAAUUACUCCCCCCCCCCCUCCCACAAUUCAACGUUGAAUGCGUGAUUUUGAAAGAGAAAUGAUAGAACAACAAAUCCAACAUUGCUUCGGGGGGAAAAGGGGGAUUCGAAUUUACAGGCGCAAGGUAAAGUAGAAAAUUACAAAAAUUGCAUUUUGUCUCAAUAUUUUUGUCCGGGGUUGUAGAUCAAUUGUGCUGAGUGAUUCUAGGAAUUCCUUCUGAUAUCUGUUUCGAGGAAGGUUCACUAUAGGAAAUUUUGCAUUGGCCUUAUCGAUGCUUAGCAAGAGAUUUCAAAAGUUUCUAUCAUUAUACAUAGCGAUAGUGUUUUUACUGUAUUGUACUGUACACUGUUGUUGAUGCAGUAGAUCUGUACUCACUAAAAACGAUAACUGAUCUCCCCACCUCUCAAAUCAGGCAUCAAAUAGCCCAGUAUUGAAAUACCAUGUGACCAUUGCAGUAACAAAUAUAUGCCUUUACACGCCGCGUCGAAAAAGAGCACCGAAAGGAGAUCUCAAUUUUUGUGACAAAGGAUAUUUCUCUUGUGGGUGAUGGUUUUCAAAAAGACACGUAGCCAGUCCAAAUUGAAAAGAAAACUCUUGAGGAUAUAAAAAUUCCCCACUGCAAAUAGCACGCUUUUCAGAUUUUUUCCUUUCAUAAUCAACCGAGCAGUCGUUUUGAAUGUCAAAUGCUCUUUCACUGCACGUCAGUGGUUUGAAAUUGGCCUAGGCAAUGCAAUGGUUACUUCAUGCUUUUCAAGUCAUUUGAUGUGUAAUUAUUAGUUUUUUUAUAAUCAGUGAUUUCUAACAUAUUUAUUACUAGAGAUUUGAAUAGCUUGAAGUUUUAGAAUAAUUGCUAGUCGUAGAGCAAACAAGCACUUUUGAUUUUUAGUAUCAGAUGCACGUGAAAUUUUGUAAAUAAUUGCAAGAAUACAGUAUUCGUUUGAAAUCGUAGCAGGUGUUA